AUGGAAGAAUUCAAGUAUGUAAUACAAAAGCAAGAACAGGAAAAAAUAUGUUUUGGAUCUGGAUGUUCUCGUGAUACUUCCAGAAAGGGUAUGAGUCCAUUUAUGAAAUAUUACACAUUAGAAGAUCAUCCAAAUGUAUCACCAAACUCAUACAAUACUUUACAAUCAUUUAAAGCAGUUACAAGAAAGCCUUGCUCUCAUAGUAUUAGUACAAAAGGUUACAGCGGUAUUGCCAGAUUUGGCAAAAAAAUUCUGUUAAAAAAUGAUUAUCCAUCACCAUUAGAUUACAAUAUUUCUACAUUCCCCAAACAAGUGUACAAAUCAAAGUAUCCAUUUGAUUCCAACAGCAAAAGGCAGACAUUUGUUACAAAUACAAAUCCAGGUCCAGGAAUGUAUGUUAGUACUAAAAUAGAAGGAAUUGCAUUCGAGCACAGUUUCGGUGGUAGGGUAAAAAUGAAACUUGGCGUGGAUCUGAAAUGUUGUAGUCAAAAUAUGGAUGUUUGUCAUAUAUGUGGUAAACGAUUAAAUGACGAUUAUUGGCAUUUAGAGAAUGAAAUAUUUUUAUGUCGACUAUGCAUGAAUACAGCAUAUGAAAAACAAACGCAAUAUAAAAAAACAGAAUUAAAAUUGUUCCGUAAAAUACGUGAUUGUUCAAUUAUACAUCGACAUGAAGCAACUACUGCAAAAAUAUGGUUAAUGCCUCCUAAGAUAAUUGCACAAUGGAUACGAAGAGAAGCUUACCUUUCUGCUUACUUAAAAGGGUAA